GUUUACUCAUCGCAGCUGGGAUUCACACUCGCUUUCUGCGUCUCCGCUAUGUUGACCCAUCAGUGAGCGUUAUUUGGAUACUGAAACCUACCGCGUCCACUACCAAGAGCGCUGGUUUAUUUUAUGUCAUCCGGACGCGAGCAAAUGACACCAGUUGUGAAUACUCCCUAACAGCUACAGGAUUACAUCUGCUCAUCCCUUUUCGUCAACUUUUUGCUUUUGCCGCCCUCAUCUGAUGAGUCUUGAGACUACAUCAGGUAUCCGGGCCAUCACCCGGGCACCAGAGAUGGAUUCGAGAGGAACCAAAGUGGCACAUGGGUUUCAGAGAAGUUCAACCUCUGAUGACGACUCUGGAUGCGCCCUGGAAGAGUACACCUGGGUUCCACCUGGACUACGACCUGAUCAGGUCCAGAUCUACUUUUCCUGCCUGCCAGAGGAGAAGGUGCCGUAUGUCAACAGCCCAGGAGAGAAACACAGGAUCAGACAACUUCUCUAUCAGCUGCCACCACAUGACAAUGAGAUCCGAUACUGCCAGUCCCUCAGCGAAGAGGAGAGACGGGAACUCCACAUGUUUAGCGUUCAGAGGAAGAAAGAGGCACUCGGACGGGGAACCCCAAAACUGCUUCCCAGAGGCCUGCAGCACAGUUGCGAGCACUGUAAAGAGAACAUCAGGGCUGGAGAGAUGGCAGUGUUUGCUUCAAGAGCGGGUCCUGGGACUUGUUGGCAUCCAGCAUGCUUUACUUGCUCCACCUGUAAUGAGCUUCUGGUAGACCUCAUCUAUUUCUACCACAAUGGCCAAAUCUACUGCGGCAGACAUCAUGCAGAGCUUUUGAAACCGAGGUGUUCAGCAUGUGAUGAGAUCAUCUUUGCUGAUGAGUGCACCGAAGCUGAGGGUCGCCACUGGCACAUGAAGCAUUUCUCUUGCUUUGAAUGCGAGACGAUAUUAGGGGGGCAGAGGUACAUCAUGAAAGACGGCCGACCAUUCUGCUGUGGAUGCUUCGAGUCCAUGUAUGCGGAGUAUUGUGAGGCCUGUGGGAAAAACAUAGGAGUAGACCACGCACAGAUGACAUAUGAGGGUGUACACUGGCACGCCACUGACAAAUGCUUCUGUUGCGCCCAAUGCAAAACCUCCCUGCUUGGCUGCCCCUUUCUUCCAAAAGAUGGUCGGAUAUACUGCUCCAAAUCUUGUAGCCUAGGUGAAGACGUCCAUGCCUCCGACUCGUCCGACUCAGCCUUCCAGUCCGCCAAGUCACGGGAAUCUCGUCGCAGCAUACGAAUGGGCAAGAGCAGUCGCUCUACAGAGCAGAGUAAGCAGACACUACUCUAUUCAGCAACAGACUACAGGAUCUCUAAUGCCUGCAGCGAAAACACGGAGAACAUGUGCCAUCAACUGGAGAGACUCAACUUCACAGACGACAACUACUGGAGAGAUCGGGAAGAGCAGGAAGCCCCUGAAGAUUGCAUGGAGGAUUGGGCUGAGCAUGAUGACUACAUGACCCAGCUGCUCCUGAAGUUUGGAGACCGUGGAGUCAUCCAGAAAGAGGACACCAGGCAGACAGAGCAAUGGAUGAGCAAAGACUUUGAUUCCAAUAGGAAUAAACCUGAGAAUAAGAUCAGCGGUCACAAUUUGGCAAGCAAGAAGCAUCACACAGAGACGUACUGGGCCCAGUCUCAGGACGGACUCGGAGAUUCAGCUUACGGCAGUCACCCUGGGCCAGCUAGUGCUAGAAAGAUUCAAGAGCUGGAGCUUGAUCAAGGAGCUGGACCUGGAUUCUGGUCUGAGCCGAGGCAAUGGUUUGAAGAUUCUCUGGAGUGCAUUACUAGUGAACUUCGAAAGACAGAGCACAGCAUGGGAGACUCGAUGGAUUCUCUAGCACUCUCAAAUAUUACAGGAGCUUCAGUUGAUGGAGACAGCAAAGAAAGACAGACCAUAUACUCCCUCCAAAACAUCAAAGAACAGGACCAAGAGGUGGAAGAGUUCGAUAACAUUAGCAAUAUGGGCACACUUAACUCCUCAAUGCUUCACAGGAGCGCUAAUUCCCUGAAGAGUCUAAACUCUGAGCUGGACCAUGAGGAUGCACUUGGGAAUCAGGAGGCAGAAGAUGAGGAGGAAGAGGAUGCAAUUGCACCUUAUAGGGGAGAGGAGAUGUUGGAUCUUCCUGUGUUGAGAAGGACCAUGUCUCAAUCCCAGCCCCAAUCCAGACCCCAACAAGUAAAGUUCUCGGAUGAUGUUGUGGAUACGAAAUAUUAUGGUGGGCUUGGCUUGAGGCAACAACCAAUGAGUGAGAGGACUCGCAGACGGACCCGUCACAUGGAGGAGCAACCCAGACGUCCCUCAAACAGACAUCACCACAAACACAGACAGGGCAGGAAAACACGCUCAGAAAAUGCUUUACAUUUACCAAAGGAGCAGCAAACACUGCACGUUGUGCCUCAGAUCAUUAGCUCAAGCAGGCCAGAGCCAAGGAACGGUAUCCUUCUUAAUCCAUCUACACACAGUCAACACCCCUACCACCAAAUGCCAUCAGACUAUGCCCAACACUUCCAAGACUGUUGUGAUGAUGAAGACGACUGGUGUUCCACAUGUUCUUCUUCAUCCUCAGAGUCUGAGGAAGAAGGAUUCUUUCUUGGCCAGCCAAUCCCCAAGCCUCGAUCCCAAAGCUUUCAUUAUUACACAGAGGACUUUCCGACACGUGUUACAGCUUUAACGCCACCUUUCGGCUCACGGACCAAAUCGAAAAAGAAAGGUCACAAGGGCAAGAACUGCAUUAUUUCUUAGACUUCAAACUAUGUAUCUCCAGUGUACAUGUGUUGCACUUGGAACAAAUACAUGCCCGACAAAACUUUUUUAUUUGAGAUUUAAGUUCGUCUUUGAAAGAACAGCAUGCUAGUUUUGUUGGUGUUGUAUGCACAUUGGACUCGCAUUAUUUCCUUGUACAUUGUAUAGCAAAAGCAUUAUUGCCAAAAGCAAAUUACUGAGUAGCAUGUAGAAUUACUAAAUAAUUAUUUAACAGUGCAAGCAUUGUAUAUUUGUUAAAUUAAGAUUGGAAGACUGAUAUUUUUAUAUCCAAAUAUGUUAAAUGUUUAAUUACAAUUACUGGCCUCAUGGAUGGAGUUAUGAUUAUUAAAGAACAAAAUUAAGGUUUGCCAUUUGCAAGGGUUUUGCAAAUGCAAAAUAUACAUGCACUAUUCACGUUCAAUGUCCUUUUUAAGUUGCUUUGUGGGUGAAAUAACCGCGCCCCUUAACAUUUCUCUGUCCAUGAUGCUUAUGGGCUUAACCAGUGCUGGUCGGGGAUCUUUCCUCCAUCAUGUACUUUUAAUUACAGGUUACCAUACUAUCCCCUUUAAACAUCAAUAAAACAAUUUAUGAAAGAUUUAAUAAAUUUUUUGCAACUU